UUCACUUUGCUGCCAAGCUCGACUUCCUGUUGUGGCAUUUUUCCAUUGGAUAAAGGUGUUAUUAUCGUCCCCAGUGCUGGUGUUGGAAUUGUCCUGGGAGGCUACAUUAUAAAAAAACUGAAACUUGGUGCAAGAGAAUCUGCAAAACUAGCCAUGAUCUGCAGUGGUGUGUCUUUACUGUGCUUUUCAACCCUGUUCAUUGUUGGAUGUGAAAGCAUUAAUCUAGGGGGCAUAAACAUCCCGUAUACGACAGGACCUUCUCUGACCAUGCCCCACAGGAACCUGACGGGAAGCUGCAAUGUCAAUUGUGGUUGUAGAAUACACGAGUACGAGCCAGUGUGUGGGUCGGAUGGGAUUACAUACUUUAACCCUUGUCUGGCUGGCUGCAUGAAUAGUGGCAAUCUUAGCACUGGGAUUCGGAAUUACACGGAAUGCACCUGCGUCCAGAGCCGCCAAGUGAUCACCCCGCCCACCGUGGGCCAGCGCGGCCAGCUCCGCGUGGUCAUAGUCAAAACGUAUCUCAACGAGAACGGCUAUGCCGUGUCGGGGAAGUGCAAGCGGACGUGCAACACGCUCAUCCCCUUCUUAGUGUUCUUGUUCAUUGUCACCUUCAUCACGGCGUGUGCCCAGCCGUCAGCCAUCAUAGUCACGCUCAGGUCUGUGGAAGACGAAGAGAGACCUUUUGCGCUGGGGAUGCAGUUUGUCUUGCUGCGAACACUUG